AUGUCACACACGGAAAGGCCAGCUUCGCCGCCCGCGGCCAUGGAGAGGAGACCUUCAACGCCUGGUCACUCUGACAAGGAGAACGAUACCUUCGAGGACGCCGUCGACAGCACCAUUGAUACGCCCGAGGUUCGCUCUCUCACAAAGAGAACACUCUCGUCCCCGAAGCACGAGACUGCAUCCGAAUCUACAGAAUCCACACCCGACAAGAACGCCCCGAAGACGGACGAAAUAGCACAAGCUGCUCGGCCUCCAAGCCCGCCCCUCGACAGCGACGACGAGAAAAAGGAGUCUACGAACAAGACCAAGGUUGACGUGGAAAUUGACGUGCCCGAUAAGGUCGAAUCUGUGGCUUCCUCACCCAAAUCCCCAAAGUCUCCCAAGUCCCACCGUCUUUCGAACACGUCGAACCUCGACAACAUCAGCCUCGAGGACGACGCUGUCACUUCCUCUCCUCCUCCACCACGACCAGUCCCCAAAGAUAGUCCGAAAAAGGAGACCGCCCCCAGAUCGAUAUCGCUGAGCAACAUCACCAGCUCCCUCCCUUCCAUGCCCUGGUCGCCUCCUGCCGAUCAAUCACCCUCCAAAUCACCUCUCGCCCCGCCUGCCGCUUCCCUCCAACAGCUGCCGCCACAUCCAGGACCGCCAACUCGCAAACUGACGAGCCCAUUCUCGUGGCUCUCCCGAAACAGCACGUCAAAGGAAAAGGAUACCACCAAGCAGUCGCCACCCGCUACUUCGCCCCGAAGGAACACGGCCAGCUCUAUCGCAACUAUGGCUAGCAACCCCGAGAUGAUGCUCAGCAGACUCGACGAGGAGAGAGAGGGGCACGAUGCCGAGAGCGGCAGGAAUAGUCUCAAGGACCGCUUCAAGCUGCUUCGCAUGCGAGAGGAGGCAGGCAUCUCGCCAUCAGCCGUUGCGGGCGAUGACGAAAAGGCCGCAGGCGCCGCUGCGAGCAUUUCCAAGGGCAACGCGCUCGGCAUCUCGGUGCCUGGGCACGAUGGAGAGGCUGGCGAAGCCAUUCCCGACCAGCCGCCCAAGUCGCCCAUGCCGACGAGCCCGAACCCGGCACUGGCACCUGGUACCGCAUCGGGCGUCAAUGCUGGUCCCUCGGACAUGUCUGACGCGCAGGUCGACUGGGAUCUGUGGCAGUCUGUCGUCUACGAGGGGCCAGCGGUGGUCGCCCGCACGAGCGCCGAUGAGCUGAACAGGGCGAUUGCUACGGGCAUCCCCAGCGCCAUCCGUGGCGUCAUCUGGCAGGUUCUCGCCCAGAGCAACAACGUCGAGCUUGAGGCCAUGUACCGGAGUCUCAAGGCCAGGGGCACUGAAAAGGACCAGGACCGCAACAGCAACGGCACGUCGAUCAGUUCCGCGAGCAACGGAAAUCUGAGUAUUCAGAACGAUGCCGUCAAUUCGUCAGCGUCUUCGGUUCACUCGGACCAGUCAGGAAGCAACCCUGUCGGAUCUCCUGCUCUCGAGAAGAGCGCAGAGGUCGUACAGAAGGCGCAGGCUGCCGUAGCUGAGAAGAAGAAGCGCAGCAAGGAGGAUGCCGUUAUGCUUCAGAAGUUGGAGAAGACGAUCCGCCGCGACCUGGGCGCGAGGACGAGUUACUCCAAGCAUGCUGCCUCUGCCGGGCUCCAGGAGGGUCUCUUCGGCGUCUGCAAGGCGUAUGCUUUGUUCGACGAGGGUGUUGGCUACGCGCAGGGCAUGAACUUCCUGGUCAUGCCCCUGUUGUUCAACAUGCCUGAGGAGGAGGCGUUUUGUCUCUUGGUGCGGCUGAUGAACCACUACCACCUGCGCGACCUGUUCAUUCAGGACAUGCCAGGUCUGCACAUGCGACUGUACCAGUUUGAGCGGUUACUCGAAGACUUUGAGCCCGCGCUCUACUGCCACUUGCAUCGCAAAGGCAUCAGCUCACACCUAUAUGCCACACAGUGGUUCCUCACGCUCUUCGCAUACCGCUUUCCCCUCCAACUCGUCCUGCGGAUCUAUGACCUCAUCCUCUCCGAAGGCUUGUCAGCUAUUCUCCGCUUUGGCAUCGUCCUCAUGCAGAAGAACGCCUCGACACUUCUCGCCAUGUCUGACAUGUCGCAACUCACAACCCACCUUAAGGACAAGGUCUUUGACGUCUACAUCGACAAGGACCCCAGCGCCGGUAGCAUCCUCGAUAACGGAUUCUUCGGGAGCUCGAGUUCCAGCAUCGACAAGGAAGUCUACCGCGCCGAUCAGCUUGUCCGUGACGCGUGCGAGGUCAAGAUCACGCCCGAGACGCUCAAGGCGUAUACACUUGAGUGGGAGGAGAAGACCAAGGCCGAAAAGGAGCGGGAGGCUGAGCUCGAAACGCUGCGCGCCGCGAAUGCCAAGUAUGCCAUUAGCCUGCGCAAGCUCGAGGAGCGAGUCGAGGCGUACGACCGCGAGCAGGCCGCCCUGGCAACCGAGCUCGUGCACACCAAGGUCGAGAACGAGGAGCUCAAGGAUGAGAACGAGACAUACAAGGGCCAAGUCCGCGAGCUGCGAAACGUCAUUGAGAGGCAGCCCGAGGAGCUCGAGACAGCAUGGCAGGCGGAGCGCGAUGAUCUCAUGAAGCGAAACGCCAAGGUGCACGAGGAGAACCAAAGACUGGAGAAGGAAAUGUCAGAGCUGGAGGAGGAGUUGGUGCAGACCAAGAUGCAGUACGCCGAGAUCAACGCAUCCCACGAGACGCUCGCUCGCAAGUGGACGGAUCUCAAGCGCCAAUUCGCGUGA